CACACACACACACACACACACACUCACGCACACACACACACACACACACAAACACACAGAUCUUUCAUGCACCUGGAACUUUACUUCUGGACUGAGCAGCCAGGAGAGGAAAGGAGAGGAGAGGAAAGGAGCGGCAGUCCUAGUGUUUCUGGAGGAGAGAGGCUCCUCUGAGACGAUCUGAGAUCUUUAUCAUGGCUCGGGACUUUAACAUCCUCAGAAUUGCCGUGCUCCUGCAGGUGCUGUGUCUGGCUCUGGCUCAAGUGAGUGGUCCACCUGGAUCUCAGGGCCCUCGCGGUCCCCCUGGACCUUCAGGAACCCCCGGGUCCGAUGGCAUCGAUGGUGAAAAAGGACCUCCUGGGCCUCCUGGACCUCCUGGUCAGAAGGGAGAAUCAGGCCAGCCGGGUCCAGCCGGUCCUCCUGGGGAUGAUGGAAUUGAUGGUUUGACUGGACCAAAAGGUGAAAGAGGUCCUGUUGGAAAUCCUGGACCUAAGGGUCUACAAGGUCCUACUGGUCGAGCAGGACCACCUGGACCCGGACUUCCUGGACUUCCUGGACCAGCAGGUUCAAUUGGGCUUCCUGGGGAAAUUGGACUCACUGGACCCAAGGGGGCUACUGGACUUCCCGGACCUCCAGGUUUACCAGGACCUUCAGGGAAACCUGGGCCACCUGGGAAGUUCUUGGGUUUAGAAGAAGGCAGUGCUGAUUUCCAGUGUCCAACUAACUGUCCUCCUGGACCAAAAGGUCCUCAAGGCCUGCAUGGCAUGAAGGGUCACAAAGGACAUGCUGGAAUGCUGGGAGCUCCAGGGAACAUUGGAAAGAUGGGCACAAAGGGAGACGUGGGGCUCUCCGGUGAGCAAGGAAUACCAGGCCCUCCGGGUCCACAGGGGCUGAGAGGCUAUCCAGGCAUGGUUGGGCGCAAAGGAGAGACGGGCCCUCAAGGUUACAAAGGUAUUACUGGACCCAUUGGACUCCCUGGAAUCCCUGGGAAAGAGGGAGUUCGAGGUCCUCCAGGGGACGCUGGGGAGAAGGGUGAUAAGGGUGACCAAGGCAUUAGAGGACUACAGGGAGCAGUUGGGAAGAAGGGAGAAAAUGGUCUCCCAGGGAUUGAUGGGAAAGAUGGUAACCCUGGCAUCCCAGGAAUAAAGGGUGCUCAAGGCCAGAAUGGAAGACCUGGUCCACCUGGCCACCAGGGGGCAGCAGGUUUGCCUGGAAGCCCUGGCACCAAAGGCGGUCCGGGGGUUAAGGGUGAAGCAGGACCUAGAGGUUUAAUGGGAACGGCCGGAGCUCCAGGGCCUCAGGGUGAACCAGGGCCACCAGGUGAAGCUGGGAUGGUCGGAGUUCCUGGGCCAAAGGGUGACAGGGGUGAGAGAGGACCUGUUGGGCCUCAGGGAAUUAUUGGCAAGCCUGGAAAUAAAGGAGAAAGAGGACCUAAUGGUGUCCCAGGACCUCAAGGCCUUACUGGCACCAAAGGCGAUAAGGGAUUCCAAGGCAAAGUGGGACCAAAGGGAGACUUUGGUGAUCCAGGGGUGGAGGGACUGGCUGGAGAAAAAGGAGAAAAGGGUCUGUCUGGUGAACCUGGUCCUAAAGGACAGCAAGGAGUGAGGGGUGAUCAAGGACACAACGGGCCUACAGGCGAUCCCGGAAAACCGGGAGACCAGGGUCCUCCAGGUCUUCCUGGACCUCGAGGCCUCCAUGGAGUGAGAGGUGCGCCGGGUAUGCCAGGAAUACAGGGACCAGCUGGUCGUGAUACCUCUGAUCAGCACAUCAUCGAAGUGGUCUUGAAGAUGCUGCAGGAAAGGUUAGCUGCUCUGGCAGUGAGCGCUAAAAGGGGAGCGUUAGGAGGAGCCGGAGUAAUGGGACCCCCAGGCCCUCCAGGACCUCCCGGACCUCCAGGUCCUCAGGGAGCCCAUGGCAUUACUGGUGCCCGAGGCAUUCCUGGCAUAAUUGGAGCUGCAGGCCAAAUUGGAAACACCGGCUUUAAAGGAAAGAUAGGUGCAAAGGGAGAAAGAGGAGACCCUGGUCGCCCUCAUCCUGGUCCAGCAGGGCCACCUGGCCUUCCAGGUCCUCCUGGUUUGGAUGGAAUUGCACGUGAUGGCAAGCCAGGAGAAAGAGGGCCACAGGGUGCAGCGGGUCAACCAGGCUAUCCCGGAAAAGCAGGCCCUCCAGGCCUCCCUGGCUUCUGUGAAAUGGCAGCAUGCCUGGCAGCCUCGGCUUACACUUCCCCACGACUCCAGGAAGCCGGCACAGUCAAGGGACCGUCCACUUAACGCCUUCGAAUCAUCAGAGAGACACGCAGCCCUUCCUUUCAUGGGACAUCAGCAUGUUGGAAUGAUCCUGAUUGACUGACUUUGCAGUUUAGUCUGACAUUUUGCCCAGUGUGUGUGUGUGUGUGUGUGCGAUUGUGUGUGCAUAAACGAGUGGUGACUAGGAUCCAUCAAAACAGUAAUCUAGGCUCGGCGGCGUCCCACCACGAGUGCAACGAGAUGUGAAAAUGUCAUCAUUAGGGACAUCCGGAUGACGACUUCUUCUCAGUGACUGAAAUCCAAUCCAAAGCUGAUGUUUGUUUUUGGUAGUAGAAUUUAAAGAUUUUUUCUGUGAUUUGAUAAAACAGAGCAAAGAAUUUAAAAGGGUUGACCGAUAAUAAUGAUGAUGAUAAUAAUAAUAAUCAUAAAACCCAUAAGAAUAGCAUUUUGUAACUUAUUGUUAAUUACCUCAUGGAAAAGCCUUCAAGCUCGUAGUUGCUAUGUACAUUACGCCCCCACUGUAUUAGCCUAGAAAUAAAACAACCUAUUCCACACUUUACUCAUCCAACCAGUACUGUAAAUUCUUUGUAAAUGAUAAUGCAAUUGUUUUUUUUUCUUUUGUACUAAUACCAAAAACGAGUGGGUUUGCAAUAUGGACAAAUUAUAAUCUAUAGACGAAGCAUUCAGAAGAUCUGGUUAUUUAUCUGUAAACUCUUUUUAUGGUCCGUUUCGAAACAAUAAAGAGGAACCUUUUGUAAGACUGAA